CCUGAAUAAAGUGCACAGACAAUCCAACCCUGUUUCCCAAGCUAUUUCGUGGUGCCAUCAUCGAGCCAUCUCGUGACCAAACCCCAUCGUCAUUUCAAAAUCAAGUCAAAUUUCCGCUUCGGCAUUUCCCUGAUUUUUUUUAUCGUUUUUUUCCUGCUUUUAUUUCUUGUGUAUCUAUGCUCGUCACUCCAUGCAUCUUCAUACUCCUACUAUCGUGUGCAUCCGCCUACAAAACCAUCAUUGAUGUGCUUUCGGAAGAUGCCCGUUUUUCCACGCUAAUAUACCAUAUCCAACGGCAACGGUUAGUUCCGUAUAUCAACAGACUGCCUCGAGGGACCUUGUUCGCCCCUGAUAACGAUGCAUUUGCUCGUUGCGAUCGCAAAGACAUUACCAAAACCAUGCUGUUAUACCACUUGUUGCCGGAUCCCAUGCGUAUCGACGAAUUUCACCAUGAUCAAAUCCUGGAAUCGCUUUAUGUACGCCCUGGUUUCCUGGGUUCCGGCGAUCCCGGUCAACACUUGAAAGUGCAACAACAUGGAAAUACGAUCUGGAUCAAUCAGGCUAAGAUCAUUAGCAAAGACAUUCCCGUCAAUCGACAAACCUAUAUUCACGUCGUCAAUCGAGUGCUUGAACCUCCUCCAUCCAUAGAAACCAUUCUUCGCCGUAUCAACAAGGACAUAUACCAGUGGAUGGAUAAGAUCAGCAUGUCCUCCCUUUUAUCCCAACCUCGUCCCUUUACCAUUUUCUUUUCUCGCCAAUCUUUCUUUACCAAAUUCAAUUCCGUCGAAGCUUCCUAUCUCUCCUCCUCUUACGGUCAAAAAGAUUUAUUCCAAGUUUUAUCAUUUGCUGUCGUGGAAGAUGUCAUUUAUGCCAACAAUAUCUCCUCUGCUGAAACACAUUAUAAAACGUUGUCAGGCGAACCAUUGUCGAUCAAACGAUCCGGAGAAACCAUUGCUGUAAAUGAGGUUGCCAUGGUACAGCAUGAUCUUCUGGCCGAAAAUGGUGUUAUUCAUGUGCUGGACCAGCCGCUCAUACCGGACAGUUUAACAUUCAAUGUGCGUAAAUAUCUGUACGGGCUGAACGCGACCAAAUUCGUUUCCAUGAUGGACGCUCACCACUUGUCGGAUUACCUGACAAACGACGAUGAAUGGUAUACGUUUCUAGUUCCUCCCAAUCAUGUUAUUGACGAAGACGACAUUCCCGAGAAUGCCAAAACAUAUUGGUUGCAAUAUCACUUGGCUGCGGGACAGUGGACCACCGAGUAUUUGCGAAAUGGCAUGCUGCUCAAAACCGAAUUUCAAUCGGAUCUACUGAAAGGCGCUCCCCAACGGUUACCGGUGCAUAUGACGGACCACCCCUCUGGCUUGUCGCUUUCUUUUGGUCAGUCCAGUGUCAUGAAUGAUCCGAUCAUGCUUGGAAAAAAUGUCAUUUAUCGCAUUGCGGCACCGUUAACCAUGCCAUAUGACUUGUUUUCCAGUUUGGUGGUCGACUUGAAUCUGUCGACGUUUAUUGCCACUCUGUACGUAUCAGGCGUAGUCGACAAACUCAAAGACGCGCAAGGCAUUACGCUAUUCGCACCGACCAACGACGCAUUUGAUCAACUAGGCUUGGUGGCCAAGUAUCUCUUGCAUCCCAGUGGACGAACCGAUCUUCAACAUGUGCUGCAAUUUCAUGCCGCAAAAGAGUUGCAAUACAGUCAAGACAUGAAAGAGUAUGUCAUUGACGUACCAACUUUUGCCAGCGAUUCUUUGCACAUUGUCGGGUAUGAAGACGGCCGCAUCGCUAUAGGAUCCAACCGUCAACAGAUGGGCAAGGUGAUCGAGAAGGAUAUUCUCGUGAAAAAUGGCGUCGUUCAUAAAAUCGAUCAAGUACAAAUCCCUUUGAGCCAAGUCCAGAUCACCCAUCAUCAUCUGCUGUUGGGCGCGGGUGCUAAUAUCAUGCAAGAGGUACUGAAACAGACGGGAUUGAUCGAGGUACUGGGGCCAGACAUUGUCCUCCUGGCUCCCACAGAUAAAGCCUUUGCCAGUAUGGAUCUUGAUGUCCUUUUUAACGAUUCCGAGCAGUUGGAACGGGUCGCGAAAAUGCAUAUCGUCAACAGCCGGGAUGUUGAUCGACAGCUGGAGAACAAAAAGGGUGUGGAAUACGCGACACGACUGUCAGAGUACGAUAAAGUAAUCAUUCGCAAUGCGGGUCAUGGCGAGCUGAUGGUCGAAGUGAAAGGCAAUCCGACCGGGCAUCACGCUCGCGUGAUCGGUAGGGGCACGAUCUCGGGGAAUAAGCGAUUUCUGAAAGGCGAUUAUGGUCCAUUGGCCGGGGGUGUCCUAGAGAUCGAUACGGUACUCACGCCUAUUCGUCGUGGAUUAUUUGGUUUGCCUUGGGGAUGGUCUUUGACCAUCAUUUCGGCGGCGGCCAUUCUUUUCGCCGGCGCUUUGGGUGCCACUGGCUAUCUAAUUUACAAUUGGUGGAAACGAUGGCAUGGUGGCUACGAAACGAUUCCUGAUAGCGAAAAUACACCGGACAACACCGAAUAAAUGUACCGCAUAAUAUCCAGUCAUUUCUAGAUCCAUCGUUAUCGAAUUACAUUCACGCGACAUACAGAUAUUUUGUUUUCAUUAUUGGCGGUUAAAAAAAAGGAAUAAGCAAAGUAUAUUAUUGUGAUUGGUAUUCGGACAUUUGUAAAAAUAAAUUCAGUGUGGAU